GCUCUUGUUGACAACAAAAUCACCGCAUCACUGGAAUUUAUAUUGAAUUAGAUCUGCGAUAUCAGCCUCCUGAUGGUGCUGCAGGAACAUGGGUUGAGGAAGACUUUGUCUACCAAAUGAAAGACAGCGUAGAGGUUAUAAUCCGCAACCCUGGAUUUGAGGAAUUGGAGGAUGCUGAAGUGAAACGAGCUGCUGAUCUAGACAGAAAAGCUGCAGUGCUUGGCAGAAAACUUGUCAAAGGUCUGGAGACAGAUGAUGACGAGGAUGAUUAUUAUGAUGUAUCUGACAUGGAGUUUUCUGGCAUUGUCUUUAGCCCUGUGAAAAGCCGUUCUAGAGUCUUCUCUAAAUGGGAUCUGUGUUCUGCUCCCAGACCUCAAAACUUUCAGAUUGGUAUCAACAUAACUGAAGCCCAGAAAUUGGUUGGCGUGAACAUUGAUCCUUUUGUAGUUGUAAAAAUUGGAGAUGAGAAAAGACACACUGCAACACAGAAGUCAACCAACUGUCCUUUUUACAAUGAGUAUUUUACAUUUGAAUUCCAUGAACCAAGAGAUACCUUAUUCCAUAGACUCAUAGAGAUUUCUGUCUUUCAUUCAAAGAAGAUCCCAUUUCUAGGUACACUCAUAGGGACAUUCAAGAUUGACCUAGAGACUGUAUACAGCCAGCCAGAUCACAGAUUCUACCAGAAAUGGGCUGUGAUUAAUGACCCGAAGGACACCAGAGCAGGAGUUAAAGGCUUUGUGAAGUGCAACAUUUCUGUGAUCGCACGGGGGGAUGUGAUGGCUUCCAUUCCUACUAGUUCGAGCGGCCAGAAUGAAGACAUUGAAAAGAAUUUACUUCUACCAAGAAGAGUCCCAGCGGAGAGGCCAUGGGCCAAAUUUUGCAUUAAAAUUUACAAAGCGGAUGGCUUGCCCAACAUGAGUGCAGGAAUAAUGGGUGGUUUUUCAAAGAUUGUCGGGGAGAAGAAAGUUUUCAUUGAUCCAUAUGUUCAAGUUGCCUUUUCUGGACAGCAGGGAGAAACUUCUGUUGAAAGCAGCACCACAGAGCCAGUAUGGAAUGAACAAAUUAGCUUCAUUGAAAUGUUUCCUCCCCUUGUCAGAAAAAUAAAAGUCCAAAUGUUGGAUGAUGCAAACAUUGGAGAUGUUGCACUUGCCACACACUUUAUUGAUCUGCAGCAAAUAUCUGACCCUGGGAGAAAUGGUUUUAAUCCCACUUUUGGCCCAACCUGGGUAAAUCUGUAUGGCUCACCCCAGAAUUCAGCCUUGCGAGAUGUUCACAAAGAUCUCAAUGAAGGUUUGGGUGAAGGCAUAUUCUAUCGAGGGCGCCUUCUCAUGGCUAUAACUGUAGAGAUUUUCAGCACCAUUCAAGCAGCAGAAAAAAAGCCUGUGGAAGCUCUCAAAGGGGCCCUAAGCAAGCUCAAGCUAAAGAAGAAGAGUAAAAAGGCAAAGGACAAAUCGAAAGCCUCUAUCAAAGAGCCUCAGCCAAGCCAAGCCACAGCUGGCAUUUCAGAGGAAGCUGAGCAGCCAAAUGAGGUGAUUGUGGAAGUAGAAGACCUUCAUCCUCUUCCAGAAAAUGUCCUGGGUGUGAAAGAAGAAUUCCUUCUCUUUGCCUCCUUCUUUGAGGUUACUAUGAUGGACCCAUUGAUAGGCACCAAGCCUGUGAAGUUUGAAAUAUCAAUAGGGAACUAUGGGAAAGCAGAAGAAGUUAUGACCAAAGUCUCUAAGAAAGGAGAGAAGGGAGAAAAGAGUGAAGAGAAGCAGCCUUUGCUGGAGCCCAGUUCAGAUGAUGAGCUAGAUGUUGAAGUCAUACCUCCAAGUACACCUUUGUUUGAUAAAUCUAUGACUGUCAGCCAAAAACCUGAACCCACUGAAUAUGACAGUUCCUACAGCUGCCUGUACAUGCUGCAUGAGAAGCCCUGUGUUUAUGUUUGGAGCUAUUGGGAAGACUAUACCUGGAGGCUUUAUAAUUCCAACUGGAUUGUCAAAAUAGCAGAGCGUUUGGAACAUGGACUAGAAGAUGUAGAGAAGCUCUUAAGGAGACCAAGAUCAAAAGCAGACGAAAGGCUUCGACAGGUUCUGGAGGAAUUUGUAGCUGGAUGCAGGCAGUAUUCUCUCAAUGCGGACAAAAAGCCAAUGACCCGUCCAAAUAACCUUGAUCGAUGCCGGAUGAAAUCUCUCCCACAAAACAUUAUCCUGUAUGCAAAACAGGGACUCCGCAUAAGAAGGCGACUAACUCGCACCAAUGUCAAAGAAAAAGUCAACGAGGCAAAGAUAAUUUUAUCAAAGCUGCGAUUCCUGGCUAAAGAGCCCCAGUGUACUAUCCCUGAUGUCCUGAUAUGGAUGUUUAGCAACAACAAGCGUGUAGCAUACACAAGAAUCCCUGCCCAAAACAUCCUUUAUGCAGUGGUAGAAGAAGAAAAAGGCAAAGACUGUGCUAAGAUCCAAACUGUCUUUCUAAAGGUUCCAGGCUCACGCACUGGGGAGAUCUUUGCAAAACUGGAAAUCUAUAUGUGGCUUGGAGUAACAAAAUAUGUGAAGAACAGCACUGCAGAGCUACCAGAGGAAUUCAAACCACUCUAUGAUCAGGCACAACAGGCUGCAAGGAUUCCAAAGUACCUCCCACCUAGUCAGCUCAACAGGGACGACUUCAGCUACUUUCAGCUGCGGGCCCAUUUAUACCAGGCUCGGGGUAUUCUCCCAGCUGAUGAAAAUGGCCUUUCUGAUCCUUUUGCAAGAGUGGUGUUUUCAACCCAAUGCCAGACUACAAGUGUUUUGGAAGAAACACUGAGCCCGAUGUGGAAUGAAUUACUUCUAUAUGACCAGCUCAUUAUUGAUGGAAAGAAAGAGGACUUGAAGAUAGAAACUCCAAUUGCUGUUGUCAAUAUCUUUGAUUACAAUAAAUUUGGUUCUGCAGAGUUCCUUGGUCGAGCAUUUGUUACACCACUAGUGAAGCUGGUAGAUGAGCCAUACAACAAACCUUCUCUCCAGUUUUUUGACAUUUAUAAAGGGCAUAAACCAGCUGGGGAAUUAAUUGCUGUCUUUGAGCUGAUUGAACUGGAUUAUAGUGGCUACUUAGAGCCCUCAGUGCCUAAUGAUGUUGAACCCAAGGAGCCAGAAUACCUGGGAGACCCCCGUUCUGGACGAUUCAUAAUUCCUGAUGGAAUUCGACCAAUCCUUAAGGAAUUCCGCAUAGAGAUAUUGUUUUGGGGACUAAGAGAUCUGAAGCGUGUGAACUUGUUUGAGGUUGACCAGCCACAGGUGAUCAUUGAAUGUGCUGGGAAGAAAGUCGAAUCAGAAGUGAUCACAUCAUGCAAAGAGAACCCAAAUUUCACUGAACUUGUCAAAUACGUUAAUGUGGAGCUUCCAGAGCAAGUGUAUUUACACCCGCCUCUUAGUAUCUUUGUGGUGGAGAAGAGAGCCUUUGGCCGCUCUGUCAUGGUGGGAACGCACAUAGUCUCCCACAUUAUGAAAUUUGCUCCUAAAGAAUUAGAUGAGUUGGAAGAGGAAACAGACAGCCCAACCAAAUUGCGGAAAGCCUCAGCUCGACCUAAUAUCUCCAAAGCCGUGAAGAAUCUUGGUGCAGCAGCUGGGAAGACAGUGAUAAACAUUGGUGCAGCUGCUGGGCAGACAGUAAUAAACAUUGGUGCCGUUGCUGGAGACAUAGGUAGCAAAGCAAAUCCCCUUAAGCUUGUAAAGGCACCUCUGAAAAAACUUCCUAUUGAUCAACUCAUUCCCAAGGAAGAAGAAUUUCAGGAGGAGAAGCCUGAGAAAGAAGAACUGGAUUGGUGGUCCAAGUACUAUGAAUCAUUAAAAGAAUUAAAUAAUCAGUCCUUUAGCGAUGAGGAGGAAGAGGACCCAAAUGAUCCUGAUGGAGGAAACCUAAAUGUUGCUUUGCUGGAUGUGGAUGGGGAAGAGGAAAUAAUAGUUGAAACUGAGCCCGUUCGCCCCAAAAGAAAACUUAUAGCUACAUUGCAGAUCUAUAAUUCAGAGCUAGAAAAUGAGUUUGACAAUUUUGAAGAUUGGCUAUGUAUUUUCCCACUCCAUCGUGGAAAAGCAAACGAGGAUGAAGAUGGAAAUGAUGAGGACAAUUUUGUUGGGAAAUACAAGGGUUCAUUCUACGUCUAUCGAGCUGAAGAGGCAGGUGCAGAACACAAAAUCUCCCAAGGCAUCCCCAGGAACAGACCCAUAAAGGUCCUUGUCCGUAUCUAUAUUGUCAAAGCAACUAACCUGACUCCAGCAGACCCCAAUGGGAAGGCAGAUCCCUACCUUGUGGUCAGAAUCGGGCAACAGCAGAAAGAUACCAAGGAACGAUAUAUCCCAAAGCAGCUCCAUCCAGUUUUUGGAGAAGUGCUGGAGCUGACCAUAUCCUUUCCCUUAGAAUCGGAAGUCACUAUAUCAGUAUUUGAUCACGAUUUGGUUGGAUCUGAUGACUUAAUUGGGGAGACAAAAAUUGACUUGGAGAACCGAUUCUACAGCAACCACAGAGCCAACUGUGGGCUUGCCUCACAAUAUGAUACGGAGGGCUACAACAUGUGGCGAGAUGCUUUUAGACCUUCUCAUAUCUUGGACAGUUUGUGCCAGAAGAAUGCACUCCCUUCUGCUGAGUACAGACGGGAAGAAGUCAAAGUAAACAACAAGCUUUUUAAGAUCCCACCUGAAGCUUUUCCUGAAGAAGCCUUUGUAAAAGAUAAGAAAGAAAAUGACGACGAAUCCUGGUCUGCUUAUGAUGAACACAAAGCUUUGUAUGUUCUUCAACACUGGGAAGAAAUGCCAGAGUACGGAUACAAAUUAGUACCAGAACAUGUGGAAGUUCGAUCUCUUUACAAUCCAGAUAGUCCUGGUCUCUUACAGGGCUCUCUCCAUAUGUGGAUUGACAUGUUUCCAAAUGAUGUUCCUGCACCACCACCAGUCAACAUCAAACCACGACUCCCAAUCAGUUACGAGCUACGUGUUAUUAUCUGGAACACGGAUGAUGUGGUUCUUGAUGAUGUUAACCCAAUAACAGGAGAAGUCUCCAGUGACAUCUAUGUAAAAGGUUGGAUUAAAGGGCUGGAGAAAGACAAACAAGAAACGGAUGUUCACUUUAACUCUCUGACUGGGGAAGGCAACUUCAACUGGAGGUUUGUGUUCCGCUUUGACUACCUCCCAACAGAGAAAGAGAUAACAUAUAAAAAGAAGGACUCCAUCUUCUCUCUGGAAGAAUCAGAGUUCCGGGAGCCAGCUGUCCUUGUCCUUCAGGUGUGGGAUUACGACAGGAUUUCAGCAAAUGAUUUUUUAGGUGCCAUUGAGUUAAAGCUGAAUGAUAUGGUGAGAAGCGUCAAAAGUUCAGAGCAAUGCACCAUCAAGAUGGCCAAGGAGAAGGCCAUGCCCCGCUUUUCAAUCUUCCGAAACAAACGGAUGAGAGGCUGGUGGCCCUUCAUCAAGCUGAAAAGUCAGGAAGACAUUGAAAGGGAGGAGAGAGAGGCUAAACAGAAGAAAAAGAAGAAGAAAAAGAAGAAGUGGAGGAGCUCAGUGAAACCAGAAGAUGUUGAGUUCUCAGAUCCUAGUGGAAACAUCUUCAUCCUAACGGGAAAAGUAGAAGCUGAAUUCCAACUACUAACCUUAGAGGAGGCUGAAAAGGCCCCAGUUGGGUUGGCAAGAAAAGAGCCAGAACCCUUGGAGAAGCCAAACCGUCCAAAAACAUCUUUCAACUGGUUUGUGAACCCCAUGAAAACAUUCAUCUUUUUCAUUUGGAAACGGUACAAGAAGUACAUAAUUGCAUUGCUAAUCAUUGCAAUUUUGACCAUAUUCUUGGUUCUCAUUCUCUACACAAUGCCCGGAUACAUCAGUGAGAAGAUAAUAAAUGGCUAAACAUGCUGCCUUUUCCAGUUUCUUUCCACCAUUAUUCACCAGUAUUCAAGCUGGGGCUUGACAAAGGAAGAUAACAGUGUGACUUCUAUGAGAAAGAUAUUAAGGACACAUGUAGCUGCCUGAUUGUGCCUGGAGCACUUUGAAAAGGAAUCUGUCAAUGGGAUAGAGAAACUGCCAAUUUUUGAACUCGCACCUGCUCACUUCUGUGAUGUAAUGACAAUAGCUUUUGAAAGCCCUUUAUAAUUAUUUGUUAAAUGUCAGGCCUCUAAUUUUCCCUGGAGGCUGCCAUCCCAAUCAUAAGGAGCUGAUAUUCCUUAUCUGGAUUUUUAUGACUAAAAUAAGCAAUUGUACAUAAAAUAGCAAUAUAAUUGGACAUAGAAGCACCAGAACCCAGGUAUACUGAAGAGGAUUUACAAUAUUAUUUAACUGCUGUCUGUGUCUGAAAAUUAUGAAGUGGGGGAAUGAAAUAUUGAAAAAUGUAUUUCACACAGCCAAAGUUUGGUCCAAUCUUAACAUUAUACAGUAAGGUGGUGAUGAGGGGCUCUUUAGAUAUAUAGAGAAAACAACAUCUACUGAGUAUGUCAUGACUAUGAUUUUGCUGUGCAUAUAUAAUAACACAUGGGAAACCAACAUUUGAGCAGGUAGGCUGGUUUUACAAAUGGGAAACAAUAUCAAAUUUUAGAGUGGGUAAAGCAUAGCAAAGAAUGGAAUGCUUUACAAUAGCUUGUAUAUAUUGUUUUCUACAGCAUAUAUAGCCCUGAUCAAGAGUAGAGGCAGGAUAUUGGUUUAGUGCAGGUCUUUACACUGCAAUGGACCUUUGAUAUCCAGUGGGGUUUGGCCCCAGGACUCCUUGUGGAUACCAAAAUCCAUGGAUGCUCAAGUCCGAUUAAAUACAAUGAUCUAGUAAAACAGCAUCCCUUAUAGAAAUGGCAAAAUCAAGGUUUGCUUUUGGGAAUUUAUAUAUUUUUUGAAUAAUUUAAAGCCAUGUAUGCUUGAAUCCAUGGAUAAAGAAUCCAUGGAUAUGGAGGGCCAACUGUAUAUACCCACUGAGCUGAACAUAGUUCAUCAGCCAAAUGCAUUGCCCCUCUAGAGGCUCAAUAAACCUAUUUUUGCUACCCACUCAGCUUCACAAAAAUAGUGAAGGCAUCCAGUAUCUGGCAUGCAACUAAGCUUGGUGGGUUACAAACUUUGUGAACUUGUUUUUUUGACCUUGCACAGCUUAUAUACAUAGUCAAGAAAUGUAACCCCAACCCCAUUAUCUGAGGAAGUAGACUGAAGUCUACAGGGCUGUAUGUAUGGGCCAAAAGGCCUGUGUUCCCCCAGCCACACACAUCAUCCUGUGUGGACGACAGAGGCCAAUACCUUCAGACCAGGACCAGGCAGACCGGAUGCCGAUCCAGUGGUCUUGGCCCAAAGGGGCCUUAGCAUGUGUCAAAAUGACCUGUUGUCUGUCACAGAGUUUCUCCAAAACUGUGCAGCAUCCCCUGGCAGACUGAAUGUACCCGCAUGCCCCUUACCUUCCUUCAGUGUUGCCGCUACUGAGCUGACCCCCCCUCCCCCCAUCUGAUGUAGAAACAGGGACCCUGGCCACAUGAGUGCAGCCAGGCACCUCAUUUCCAUGUUAGAUGUGAUGACAGGGGUCUUCUCAAUAACAGCAAUGAAGGUAAGAGGUGCAUAGCAGUAGCAGGUUUGUGUCAGUAAACACCCAUCUAGCCCAUGAUGACCCAGGGAUCAACCCAGGUUAGGACAAGACCAGGAUAGCAUGGGCUGGGCCCAUUCUAUCUUGACUCAUCUGCCAACCCCUAUGAAAGCUCAUGCUACUAGCUUCUUUCUUGCAGUUAGUUUCAAAGGUGCUGCAAGAUCCCUUUGCACUGUGAUUCUCAGGCUAACACAGGUAUGUCUUUGAAUUCUCACAUUAUCUUAGUACUGCUACAGGUAAUAUUAUAAUAAAUGGUGCAACUGCCUCUGGUGGACCACUAGAUUGCCCAACCAAUCAAAUAAUAAUUCAUUUUAAAAUGUUUGCACAUUCUUAGACAUGGCAGAUAAAGAUCUGCUACUCUUGGCAUAGCAAGCACUAUUCAACUGACGCCUGUGACACUUGUGAAACCUCAAUACUUGAAGCAACAGAUUCUCACUGUCUGAUAAAAGAGCCACAAUUUCCCAUCAGCAUUUGUAGUGCUGGGAAAAUGUGUUAUCUAAGCAAGAGAAUAUGUCUAGCAUAUCUUAAUGAAUGUACAAUGUUAGUAUUUCUACUGACCUCCCAAAAACUGAAUAAACUGAAAUGCUGCUUCUGCC